AAGCAUAGUUGCCUUGUUGCAUCAUCACUCCACCCUAUUUUCUCGAUCAUUCAAAUGAAGGGGAAACAACCACCAAUUGUUCAAGUGAAGACGUUGUAGUGAGGUUUGAUAACACACCAGCAGAAAGAACAGAGGAAAAGGACUAAAAAUGGAGAAUGUGACCUUUUGUGCAGCGAAUAUGACCAAUGGAACCAACAUUGAAGCCUUAUCAAGCAUGGAAAUCUUCAAUAUAUUCAUGUAUUUUGUCGUUUUCGCACUGGGUAUCGUUGGAAACGGGCUUGUCAUAUAUGUGACCGGCAUAAAAAUGAAGACGACCGUCAACUCCAUUUGGUUUCUCAACUUGGCGAUUGCAGACUUCAUCUUCAUCUUAAUCAUCAUCCUCUACAUUGUUUCUGCCUUUAACAAGAUGUGUUGGCACUUGGGUGACUUCUUGUGCAAGUUUGUCAGCUUCGUGACAGUGCUAAACAUGUUUGCCAGUAUUUUUUUGCUGACCGCUAUCAGCCUGGACCGAUGUCUGUCCACCUGGGUGAUUGUUUGGGCUCAAAACAAACGAACUCUGGUCAAAGGCAGGAUCAUCUGUGCACUUGUGUGGGUUUUAUCCAUCCUCUGCAGCAUCCCCUUUGUCAUCAACCGCUUAGUAAAGGAUAACCGAUGCCAAUACAAUACAACCCCCCAAAGUACCUUCAAGUAUCUGGUCAUAUACAGGUUUAUGGUGGGUUUUCUCAUCCCCUUCCUGAUCAUUGCAUCUUCAUACAUUUCUAUUGGAGUGCGGGCCAAACGUCUCAAAAGAGGAAAGAAGCUAAAGCCUUUCCGGGUCAUCAUGGCUGUGAUCAUGGCCUUUUUCAUAUGCUGGUUUCCAUUUCAUCUUCAACAGCUGUCCACCAUAAUUGCAAAGGAGAAAGGUUGGAGUGAAAUUUUUCUAAAAAAGAUAGGACCUCUUGUAAACUGCCUGGUUCAUGUCAACAGCUGUCUGAACCCCAUUCUCUAUGUGUUCAUGUGUGAUGAGUUUAAGAAGAAGCUUAAACAGUCUCUGCUGCUGGUGCUGGAGACGGCGUUUGCUGAAGAACAUCUGCCGUUCCUAUCACCUCGUCCUUCCACUUGCUCAGGCCUCUCAGAAUCACAGGGUCUCAAGAUGAACGACCCAAACGUCUCGUCAACUGGUAGCAGCUAGGACAACAAAACAUGCUUAUAGAAAAUCAGUCCUAUUUUCCCUUUGCUGUCUUGAAAUCCUCCAUCCCAUGCCAUGCCAGCAGUGGUUCAAAGACUUAUUUGUUCUUAAGACAAUCAAAAGGUGUAAUUCAUGCACCAUGAAAGUGACAUUUCAGGCAGGUUUCACCAACACGCUAGCCUGGUAAUACCAAACUCUACUACUUCGCUUUGCUUCUUAGGCCCCAUUUACACUGCAUGGUUUAAGUGACCCAAAUCCGAUUUUUUCCUCUCAUGUGGCACAGAUCAGAUAUGACCG